AUGAUUGAAGAAUAUGAAAGAGAUACUAAUCCAGCAAUCACUAAUACAAGUGAUCAAUUCAAAGCAAUGCCAGAAUGGGACCAAAGAGAAGUAUUAAAUGAAUUAUUAUUAGGAGCAAAUAAUGCACAAAACGAAGAAGCCAGAAAAGCAAUACAAAAUAAGUACAGAGACCUGCUUGCAACACAGUUAGAAACAAAAGGCCAAAUGAUAAUUGAAGAAAAUAUUGAAAUGCAAUUAUCAAAAAAUCAAUCACAAAUACGAACUAAACCACCACCUCCAAGAUUAGAACUACCUAAAACAGGAUAUCGAGAAGAAUAUCAAUAUCCAGGAUCUCCAAGAUCGCCACCAAAAUCACCAACAGAAUUUGAUAAAUCAUCAAUUGAUAGUGAUGCUUCUGAAAGAAAAAGAAGGUGGAUGCCCUCAAUAAUUGAAAGAUUAAGACCUUUAUCCCCCACAGGAGGAUGGAAACAAGUAUUUGUAGGAUCAGAAUCCUCAAAACAAAAUACUUAUAGCCCUAAACAACUAUUAAGCUUAAGAAACUCUGUAGACUUUACAAAUACUCCUAAUAUAUUAUUACCAACACCAACACCAAUUCAAAAUAACCAACAAACAAGAAAUCCAAAAUGA